CCGAUCUUACACAAAGUACACUUUCGGAAACGCUCGGAUGCUUGUUAGAACCCGAUACCGCGCUUUCUACCGAAUGAGGCGAACAAAGAUGACCAUUACUACAAAGAGGUGCCCCAUAUACUGUCCCAAAACAUGUUCCAAGCAGCACCAUCCACUGCUGAUUGCUCUCAUUAACACUAAUACAUCAGAGGAAGGUAACACAUCCUUCACCGCUCUUGAAGCCACAAUUUCUCGUUAUAUCACGGUCGGUAAAUGGUCGAUAUGUGACGACAUUGAUGAUCCUGACCCAGACUACAAGUACCCUCUGCUUCACUGGGCAGCUUGUUUAGGAAAAGUUGCAGUGGUGAAAUGGCUGGUCCAACGAAACAAAGUGUGUGUUUUUGCCAGACAUAUAAGCACCUACGACACAGCAUUACAUACAGCGAUCUAUAGUCUGCAAAAAACCUGCCAAAGGGCUGAAGCUGGUCAGGUGUUUUCGAAGCUUGUCCCAAUACUGUCUGGUUCUUUGGCCUGCCGUAACUCCCUCGGAGACACUCCACUUCACCUUGUCUGUCGCAGCCUUCUCUUUGAAGAAUCGAGGGCCGAAUAUUUCUCUGAUUGUAUCUCUCAUAUUCUCAAGUUUGCAGAUACAAGAGGUGCUGGACUUUGUGCUACCAUCGUAAAUGCCCAGAACAAUGUAGGCGAUACACCUGUCCACAUCAUGGCCGAGAAUGAUCGUACCUUAAAUAUUGUUAAGAUGAUGGUGGACCUUGGUAAGGUGGACUUCAAUCUUACCAAUAGUAAGAAUCAGAAUGCUCUGCAAGUUGCUAUUGCUCUGGGCCAGAUGAAGACAGCAAAAUAUCUACAUCAGCUGAUUGAAAGUGCCCCCAAAAAGCGAAAUGGCUCAAUUACGUAUGUUUCAAUUAUUCCAAAAUAUCCAUCAGCUGAACAUACGUCUGUGAAUGACAGUGACAAUAAUGAUUGCUCUCCAGAUUCAACGAAAAAAAACAGGGGGCAAAGAAAAGCAAAGAAAAUCGUUAGCACCUCAGCAAUAGCCUGCAAAGUGACCAGUACAGAAGACAGUGCGGAGGAAUCACCUGAAAAUAACUCUGAUCUGUGCUUGAAUAGUGCUUCAACGACAAGUGAGAUUGAAGAAGAAGCUGUUGAUGGUACUUCUCUGGCUUCAAAUCCGACAACAGACUCUCCAUCAUCAACUUCACUUUCUUCAACUGUUGAACAAUCCUCCAUUCCCACAGAAAAUCCCUCCAACAAUUUGGGCAAAAGGUUAAAUUCAGCGAUGCCAGCCAAGUCACAAACCACUAAACUAACCGGAAAAGUUUUACCUAAUGUGUGUUCCUCUGCUCCUUUAGCGUCAUCAUCUUCGUCCUCAUCUGAGGCCUCCACUUCCGCCUCCACUUCCGCCUCUGCUGUUCCCCCCAAGGAACCUGCUGUUGCUCCUGUCACUAAUCCCUCAUCAGACCCCGUUACUGCAACCUCUUCAUCUUACUCCCUGCUGUCCGAUAAAAACUGCGGCCCUUCACCAGCAAAAAGGAAGAAAAUGAGAGUACUUGUAGUAAAAAAAGGUCCAUUUCCAACCAGUCAGAUGAUAUUUACCGACCAAGUACAAUUCACACCCAAAGUUCCCAAGGUGACUAGUUCCAGAAGCCUGCUUAGAAGUGAGAGGAUUCCUAAUAAACCCAUUCAGGAGGAUGUUGAGGACACUGCCGAAUGUGAGCAGCUCAGCAACAUCAAGGUAGAAAUGGAUAUUGCCCAAGAUGAUGAAAUGUGUCCAGAUAGCAACACAAGCAGCAGUCCAGAUGUCAUGAUAACCAGAAUUACAUCCCUCCCUGGUCACCAGAGUGGUACUGCCAACAGAAAUAGCAAAGCCGGGCCUGGGAAAGCACUGAUAGAUUACCUAAGCAUGUAUGGUGACAGCCAUCGCUCAGCAAUCCUUGCAAAUCUCAACAAUGACCGGGAUGACUACCAAAAGCAGAAAGGACAGCUCCACACACAGAUUAAAGGCAUUGAAAAGGAAAUCCAGGAUGGUGAGUCGGAGAUGGAGGAGAAGAACAAUCGUCUUAAGGACAUCCUCUUGGAGGUUGAACAGUUACAAACGCGCGUGUUCAAUUUGGCCAAGCAGUCGAUUGGUCAGAAAGAAACUCUGAGUACACUGAAGUCGAGUGUUGGUGAAGUUAAUACGAAGCUUGGCUGUUGUGAGAAGGCCAUAAUGGAUAUGUCCUGAUCACAGGCUCCAGUUCUGGACCUAGAGACUGGUUCAUAACGCAAGGUGGGGAGCAUUGUGUGGGGAUGUUCAUAGACCAAACAACAGACCCCUGUGCUGUUUUGUAUUGAUUUAGACGACAGUUUAAGGGACAAUGUCAGGAAAGAGUCUAUAUAUAGAUUUCAGGGUUUACCUUCUCUUAUGGAUUCUUUGCACCCCUGGAAAAUGCCAUGAUGAUUGAAGGCUCUGUGUGUGCCACCUUGUUGAACGAUACAAGUUGACAAGUUUGAUCCUUUGAUGUUCUUCAAAGAAGAGUGCGACAGCAUAAAUGUGUAAUUGAUUGGCUUUAAAGUCAGGUGUUUCUCCUCGUAAUUUUCAAAAGAAUUGUACCAGCCUAGCACGUGAUUAAUGGUCAGUUUUCUUUUUUUACUUAAAAGCAAUCAUAAAGUGUGUCUUUAAAUUCAUCAUGACAUAUUCGAGGGCAACAGAGAAUGUGAGUGAGCAUAUUUAGUCUGCAAAUACAUCUCUGCACAGGGGUCUGUCUCUUAAACUUCCUCAGGAGAACAACUUUGAAACUGGAUUCCUGAAAAAGAAAAACUGACCAGCUGGUUCAAUAUUACUAGUCAUUUUUCAAUACAGUAUUGCAUCCUCCAUUUCUUUUUUUCACUUGUACUGUAUGAAGUGAAAUAGUGACAUUCAUUCUCAAUUACAAGUAAACUUCAGACUGCAUUUAUAUUGACAUUGAAAUGAGUUUCCCAAUGAAGAGGGAUAAGAAAUAAAGGGUCCAAUCAAGUUACCGAUGAUUCUACAACUCUAGUGCAAACGUUACCUUGUUAUCAAAAUUAGUGACUUCUGCUUACUAAACACAUACCCUAAAAUCUUAAUAAUACCCAUUUUUGUAAGAAAUCCAAGGCUUAUUUUCAAAGCAAGUCGAUUUUCAAGGCAGUCUUAUUUUUGAAAUCAUUUAGACAGUAAGCAAUCAAUGGCUUAUUUUCCAGUCCUUAUUUUGAGCGUGAAAAAUAUAAUGUUUUAUGGAAUUUUUUCAAUGGAAUUAAAUCAAAUUUUUUUCUCUUAUCAAUUUGUUGUAAUAAUAAGUCAUAAGAUUGGAUGUUUACCUGUAAAACUGGUUUAGGCAGACAGGGGAAAUGUGUCUCCUACCUGAAUUUAACGCAUGUUUUCAAAGACAGAUUUUUUAUUGAGUUACAUUUAACUCUAAGGAAUCCAAGGCUUGCUUUCAAAGCUGGCCUAUUUCCAAAUCAGGCUUAUUGCUGAACAUUUCGGGUAUCUUCUCUGCAUUUGUGGAACAUGUCAUGACUAUAAUUGAAGGCCUGCAGUACGCUGAUUGAUAGGCUUCAAGUAUUAAAAACCUGACCAGUUGCUAAGCUGAUACCUAUCCUUUGAAGAUCAAAACCUGUAGAUUUUACAGUUACAUUGCGGUGUGAUUCCUUUGAUCUUCAUCACAGACAUUGGGCUAAUCUAUUUCGACAUUAUUUGUGGAAUGUUGCAUAAAGAGACAUAGAUUUGUUCAUAGCAUAUUUCAGGGGUGCAGAGAUGAUAAUUGUAUCCAAAGGGGGGAACCAAUAUAUUUCGAGGAUGAAAUAACCCAAGAUGUGUCUAAUUCAUUGGGAUGUACAUUGUUUGUAUAUUCAGAUAAUGUCUCAUAUGUAUAUAUGUUUUUUUAAACCUAUAUUCCGUAUGCUUCAUCAAUAAAUAGCAUGAAAUAAAAUUAAAUGUUGGUUAAUUGAUAGCUAGGAAAAUUGAGUUUUAACUUUGAAGCCUUUUGAAGUCUGCUAAAAAAAAUCAUAAUGUAUGUUUCUUUGUUAGAAUGAAAUAUUCUUGUACAAAAGCAUUAUGUGUAUAUUUUGAUAUGUAUACAUUUUUAGGUUCGAUAGACAGGUAGUCGUUUUUAUUUUGUGAUAACCAAAAAAAAAGACUGAAAUGUUGUAAAAUAUUUUUAAAAACUUUUAAUCAUUAUGAAAUCUUUUAAAUGAUAUAGAAAAUCCUCCCUUAGGAACUUUCAUAUCCUUAAAAUAUGAAUAUCCAUAGAUAUAUACUGUCACUGUAUUUUAUUACAUCACUGGUGAAUCUUUCUAUGGCAAUACAGCCGGUUUUCAGCCCAUGCUAAACAUGGCUCUGUAUUUCACACUGUGAUAAUACAAGAAAUGUUACAGCCUUUUUGACUCAAACUCGCUUGUUAUCCAUUGAUCAAAUAAAAAAAGGUUUUUAAGAGGAAUGAGUUCCAAACAUUUUAGCGCCAUUUUACACUGUGGUAAUGUAAAGUAAUUAUUCCAUUCUUGUCUUUUAGUACACCAUUGUUGCUUUGUGCAGGUUUUUAUUAAGCAAAUUAAACUUUAACGUAGGGUAAUGAUAACCAAUUUUUUGCAGAAAAUAUCUAAUGCAUUUAAAGAGGUAAUGUGAGUUUGUAAUAAAAAUCAUACCAGACAUGUGUUCAUAACGUCUCUGAUUGCACGUCAUAAAAUUGUGUGCAUCCGAUGUCGUAGAUUGUACGAUUUGAAGUAUAUUAUGUAGUACCUGUGUAUGUGAAUAUAUUUGACGAAAGCUUAAAUGAGAUUGUCCUAUGAUCAAUGUAAAUAAUUUGUUUACAUUGUUAUUAAUUGUUUACACUGUAAUAUAAUCGCAUACAGAGUAUUAAAUUCAUUUUUUAUAAAAUUACCAUGUAGUUAACUUGUAUACAAUGUAAUUUACUUGUUUAAAAUGAAGUUAACUUCUUUACAAUGUAAAUAACUUGUACAACAUUGUACGAUGGAAGUGAAUGCUAUAUAUAGGUAUAAUUUACAAGCAUGAACAGAGGCUUCUUAUGCGGCUUAAUACAAUUGUAUGUAACAUUAUUUUUGCCGCCCUCAAUUUGCCAACAAGUUAUCUUUAAGCUUGAAUUUAUUAUUAAAUUAAAAGUGCAAAAAAGCAAGUAAAAUUAGAUAAAAAGUAAAGUCCUUACUUUAGAUUUGAUACCUUUGAGAAAUAGGAGUCUGAUGUUAACUUGUUUGGUCAAUAUAUGCUUACUGUAAAAGCAUAAUAUUUCGUUGGGGAUUGAAUUUUGUUUAUUUUGUGGUUUUAUGAAAAAAACUGUGAAAUAUAUUCCCAAAAAAUUCACCUGGAGUGGACAGGUGAUCGCCUCGGGCGAUGUACAGUUAGCCGGACCUAUUGUCUUAUAGUCCAGGUGUCAAACAAAAAAAUAUGCAGGGUUUUAAAAUAUUGAAUCCACGAAAUAUCAUCCAAACAAAUUUGUCCCAAAACAAAAACAACAAAAUUAUAAGAGAUAAUAAAUUAAAUGUUAAAUAAUUUAAAUAAUGAGAAACUAAACCCAAGAUCCGACCGGGAAAUAAGUUAAAUUUGCUGUGCUUGUUACACACUUUGAAUUCUCUUUAUUUUAUGUGUUUUCAAAAUUAAUGUUUUAUUCAGUCUUGUGUACAUAUACCAUGUAAUUGAUUAGUUUGUUGUAUUAUAAACUAAAUGAUAUGAUGAAUGAAUAUAAAUGUUAUAAUCCAUUUAACACCUUCUGAUAGGAUUAUUUGAAGCACAUGAUGCCAAAUACAGCAUUAUCAGUGGUAUAACUGCCAAUAGUACAACUUCUGUACACACAUCAACUUCAUUUAUGAAUACAUGUGUCACUAGAUAAUUUUUUCUCAUUUCCCGGACCAUCAUUCCUUAGUUGACCAGUUUCCUAUUUAGUAAGCCUACGUCAUAUCUAAUGGGGGACCGUUGACACUUUCCGUAAACGAACAUUUGGAAAAUACUUUGUGAUUUUCUCAUUUACGGAAAGUGUUAACGGCGCUCGAUUGAUGUUUCAAGUUAUCAUCUAUGUCAUUCUGACACCUAU